AUGGCACAUUUGCAUAUCAGAUCAAACAGUUUCCCUUCGAAAUCCCACCCUGUGAUAAAUGAUGUUGAAGAUCAAUUAUGCAGGCUAAAGUCAUCUGAAGGUACAUCAACUUCGGCAGCUUCAGUAUGUACAAACUUGGCUAACCUCAGAGACUUGCACGAGGGCGUCAACAACAUGAUUCAGAUGACAUCUUUCCAGCAGGCCCUCUCUGCAGAAGGGAGUGAGAAAUGGACCAGUGAAUUGCUUGAGGAGUCUCUUAGACUUGUAGAUCUCUGUGGAUUUGCAAGAGAUGUACUGAGUUUAUCCAAGGGGUCCAUUCAUGAACUUCAAUCCACUCUAAGGCGAAACAGAGGAGAAGCUUCUACAGCAGAUGCCAUUGAGGCUUUCAUGAUGUCCAAAAAGAAGAUCCAGAAAAUGGUCAGAAAGUACAUCAAGAACUUCAACAGAAGCAAUACAUCGUACAUGGGUGAAGACUUCGAUCUCAGAGCCAUUCUGGUAAUCCUCAAGGAGACUGGGGAUUUGGAUUUUUCAAUCCUUAAGUCUGUCCUGACCUUUUUAUCUGGUGAAGAGGCAUCCUCUAAAAAAAGGAGCUGGUCAUUUUUUUCGAUGGUAACUCAAACCAGUCGGAUAAAAAUAAUGGACUCUGUAGAUAUGAUGAACUUGAAAUCAUCAGAGAUUGCUAUCCAAGAACUCGAAGAGGAAUUGGAAGUCUACCAUAGGACAUUGGUGAAAACUAGAGUUUUUCUGCUCAAUGCUUUGAACCACUAG